CAGCGCCCUCUGUUCAACACGCCAGUGGACCGAAGCGAGCGAAUGACGCGCCGCGCCCUUUGUCUGGCGUCCCGUCCGUCUUGUCGGCCGCAGCGGGGUGGUGGGCGGUUGGUUGGGCGGGGGAGGGGCAGGAACCAGCGAAAUACAGUGGGAGCGAGCUGUGCUUGGUAACACGCAGAGCCAUAAAAAUGUUUAAGCCGAAGCUGUGCUGAGCAUCAACCCCUCUUCUUCCGGCUUCUUUUUUCUCUUUCUUCUUCCUUCAUCCUCUCUCUUCAAUCUUCUUCUUCUUUCAUUCUCUUAACCACCAAAACACAUCACUCACAUCCUUCAUCAUGUCUGGCAAAGUCGCUGUCCUCACUGACAAGGCCCCCAAGCCUCUCCCCGGCAUCUACAGCCAGGCCAUCAAGGCCAACGGCAUGGUCUUUGUCUCUGGCGCCGUUCCCAUGGAUGCCGAGACCAUGGAGCUGAUUCCCGGCGACAUCCAGGCUCACACUCACCAAUGCAUCAAGAACCUCAGCGCCAUCCUCGAGGCCGCUGGUUCCAGCCUCGACAAGGUUGUCAAGGUCAACGUCUUCCUCUCUGACAUGGCCGACUUUGCCAAGAUGAACGAGGUCUACACCACCUACUGGGGUGACGUUAAGCCCUGCCGCACCUGCGUUGCCGUCAAGACUCUUCCCCUCAACACCGACGUCGAGAUUGAGUGCACUGCUCUCUUGUAAAUAACGCCCCAUUCUUUUGUAAUGGAUCAGGAUAGACAAAAUACAUGAAAAUUACUUCUAUGAACCAUACCACAUUUCAUACGCGAAAACCGUCACAUAUUAUAAUAAACAAGAACUCAAUUACGCAACAAUAUUCAUUACAUGUCCUAUUUUCGUGUAUAAAACCAUUCAUUAUGGCAUUGGCACUGGGCCGAACCACCUCUGCAGCCCAGGGCCGUCACCAGAUAUGCAAAUGACGCCGUGUCCAAUGAUCCCGUCUAUAUGCAGCCCCAGGUCACACACAUACUUCCUCUCCAAAUAUAAAUUCAACGUUACUUCAUCCAUUCAUUUACUGCUUAUCCGACAGAGUCGCCUCGAGAUCCAUCAGCUCCUUGAGCUCAGCCGCUAGUCUCGCCGUCUCCUUCUCGUCAGGACGAGGCAUCGGUCUGCGCGCAAACCCGCCAUAGCCAAAGUACGAGCCGAGGGCAGCCUUAACGCCCACAACGCCCGUCUUAAUCAUGGCCCAGUCGCCGCGACCAACCACUUCUUGCAGCGUAGUCGCUUCCUCGCUGUGGAACAGGGCCUUGUCCUCGCCCAUGGCGAAGAGCUUGACACUAGCGCGAGGGGCCAAGUUGGCCAUGCCGCCAAUGACACCAGCACCUCCAGCAGCCUGGGAUGGCAGCGUAAAGUCGGUCGAGCCGGCAAAGCAGAGAAACUCGGCGCCCGAUUUGCGGACAGCCGAUGCAACACGGCCCAGUUUACCAGUGUUGCCGCAGGUGAACUUGCAGCCGAUAAUGUUGGCGUGCUGGCUCAGUGUAAUCAGGAUAUCCGAGUUGAUAUCGACACCGGGGGUGGCACCGGGGUAGUUGUAGAUGAUAAUGGGGAUGGGCGAAGCAUCGGCGAUGCCCGUGAAGAAGUCGAUGAUGGUGCUGGGCGUAAAGAGGCCACAGUAGUAGCUGGGCGGCAGGAUCAGGGCGUAGUCACCGCCAGCAGCGGCAGCUUGCUCGCACAGGCUAACAGCCUCGACAACAGACUGGGCGCCGCAGCCGACAAUCAACGGCAUGGACGUGAAGCCAGCAGUAUCGAGGGCAUCGCGGGUCGUCUUGGUGACGGUGCUGCGCUCCUCGUGCGUCAAAUGAACCGACUCGCCGUUGGAGCCCUGGACAGCCAAACCUGCAACACCAGCCUUGGCCAGGCGUACAGCGUGCUUGGAAACCGUCUUUGUGUCGAGCUGGUCCGUUGAAGGGUCGAAGAAAACUACCGUGGGGACGUAGAUGCCGCGGGCGAGGGGACGGGGCGACGAGCCGUUGACGGCGCCAGAAGGAUACGCAGAGGGAGACAUUAUCUUUUCUGUAGGGCGUAUAAUAGAAUGGAAACGAAGAGAGGAGUAAUAAGAGGAGCAGGCGUGUUUAUACGCUACGGAUGGGUCUUGCGGAUUGUAUAGCGUCAGCAAAGCUAUAUCGUUUCGAGUGGUAGUGGUGUGUGGAGGGCUAUAAGUCGAUCAAUUGGCCCGAGGUAUAGGAAACGACAGACGAGUUUCGAGGAAUGUGAAGAUGGCAAGUUUACGAAGCAGACACAUCUCACCAAAACUAUUUGACCACCACCCCAGAAAAAAAGAGCGAGGACCGAUGCGGGAAAGUCAAAAGGCGUGGUUUGCCCCCCAUCGAAG